GAAAGCCAAAGACAUCAGGAUAACCUCCUAUCUUUCUGCCUCGCUGUCCCUUAACCAAAAAAAAUUAUAUAACACCGUCGUGAGUUCUCAUUUUGCUACCCUUUCUCCCCUGGCUUUUCUCGCUUUUCUCUACUCUCGCCCCGCAUUUAUUCAAUAGUCAACUGACGAGACGCCACCCCUCCCCAGGAUCAACGUUCACACUGUUGUCGGUUUUGCUUUAAUCGCUAUUCAACUCGUCCACGUCAAAUUCCACCAAAUCUUAAACCUCUACUCUUUCAGGGCUUCGCAAGCUCUCACAACAAUUCAAUAUGGCUAACGAUGAGUACGAUUUUCUCUUCAAGGUGGUGCUUAUCGGAGACUCCGGUGUUGGAAAGUCCAACCUUUUGAGUCGGUUCACCCGCAAUGAAUUCAACCUGGACUCCAAGUCAACCAUUGGUGUGGAGUUUGCAACCCGCUCUAUCCAGGUGGAUUCCAAGACGAUCAAGGCGCAGAUUUGGGAUACUGCUGGUCAGGAGCGUUACCGCGCCAUCACGUCCGCCUACUACCGUGGUGCCGUCGGUGCCCUUCUUGUAUACGACAUCAGCAAGCACCAGACCUACGAUAAUGUUAACCGGUGGUUGAAAGAGCUCCGGGAUCACGCAGACUCCAACAUUGUUAUCAUGCUUGUGGGCAAUAAGAGUGAUUUGAGACAUCUGCGGGCUGUGCCAACAGAAGAGGCUAAGCAAUUUGCAAGCGAGAACAACCUCUCCUUCAUUGAGACAUCCGCCCUCGAUGCGAGUAACGUCGAGCUUGCUUUCCAGAACAUCCUUACAGAAAUCUACCGCAUUGUCUCCAGCAAGGCUCUUGACAGUGGUGACUCGGGCCAGGCCGGUCUUGGUGACCGUCGCCCGGUGGUGGAUAUCAGCACUUCGCAGGACCCUGAGACGAAGCAGGGUUGCUGUUAGAUGAUUUACUACUGUUAGGGGAUGAUACGCCAACCGCAACGAUUUUUAUUUUUUCUGUGAUGUGAUAAUUGAAUGGUCUUGAUCUUUCUUUUUGUCUGUUACUUAGCCUCCGCGGAGAUGAUACACAAGAGGAACGUUGUUGGGAACGGCAUCCAGGGAUACGGUCAUUGUAUGGCGAUGCUUGUGGGACAUCCAUCUCAUCCUAGACGUCAUUCUGUUGAUUUUCCUUUCCCUUUCCUAUAUUUGAUUCGUUCUCACCCCUUAUGGAAUUGACAUUUUCUUCUUUACCGGCAUGUCUUCACUUUGGCACGCUUCUUUGGCCUCUAUUUUUUUUUUUUUUCGCUCUGCCUCAUCCUAUGUAUCCUUUUGCUCCCUGUGGCCAGUUAUUGAAACGAAGUUUGGGUUUGUUCUUGUCGGCGUCUACGUAGAGUCCAAUGCCAAGGCGCCAUGAGGAUAUCAUGGUUGGCGAUCUUGAAAUAAAACAUCCAAAAACACCACUAAACUGCAAUUUCCCAAACUGGCGAUCUAUUCAUUAUGAACCCAGCGUGCGCAAAUCACACCGGAACUAAUAUCAACUAACCCCCUAAAGCGUCAUCACAAGCGGAAUAGUAGGAGCAUCAAUCAACACCUAAAAAAAGCGGUCUCGUACGGCCCACCAGCCUGCCAGCGAGAGCCCCACGUCCAAAACAAAAAAAAAAAAAGAAAAAAUGCUGGUUGAUU